CAAUCACAACACACACACACUUUUUACUCUUUGCGUAUCAUUUACUCACUUGUUCAACACAAAUGGCGUUUUUCUUUUUUCUUGCUUUUUUCCCAUGCUCUUGUUCUUUAUUCAUAAUGCUCUUGUCCCAUUUCCCCCCUUCUUUUUAUUCCAAUAGACUUUAGACGAGGGGAGUUAUCCUCAUAGACAACUUACUCUCAUAGACAUUUUAUUCCCAUACCCUACACACAAAGAAAAUGGUCAAGGCAUUGGUUCUCUCUACAGUCUUGUUGGCAACGGGUGCGGUCGCUAUUCCCCGUCCUCAGGAUGGUGGAUUUGCAGACAAGAUGAAGUCAGCAGUUGCUCCUCUUCCCACAACAGGUGUUCCUUCAGAGCAGAUUCAAGUGCCUGCUUAUCCUGUUGGCACGCAGCCUCCCGUUGUUGUUCAACCGCCCAAGGAGACUGAACAACCAAAGGAGACUCAACCGCCCAAGGAGACUGAACAACCAAAGGAGACUGAGCAACCAAAGGAGACGCAACCGCCCAAGGAGACUCAGCAACCCAAAGAGACUCAACCCGUAGACAACAAGCCUCCUUCGUACCCGGCUCCCCCCGCCAAAGAGACUCAAGAACCCGUCAAGACGACAACGCCCGUUGCCACUUCCCAGCCUGUUCCUCCUCCUCCUCAGACAGAGGCCCCUGGUUACCCUACAGACAUUCCCCAGUUCCCUGGUUACCCCGAGGGUCCCAUCGGAACCACCACCGCGGCCGUUCCCAGCAAGCCCACCGUCACCUAUGGCGUAACGCCCAUUCCCAACCCCACUGGAUCUCCUAACGAGGUGCCUAUCGGCAUCCCCGAGACUCCCGUGGGUACUCCAGAGGGCGAGAUUCCCGUUGGUACGCCCGAGACGCCUAUUGGUACUCCUGAGGGUGAGACUCCCGUGGGCACGCCCGAGAUGCCCGUUGGUACUCCAGAGGGCGAGACUCCCGAAGGUACUCCCGAAGGAUCUCCCGAGGUCUCUUUGCCCACUGACUUCCCUAUCAACUUCCCUGGUGCUGAGGAGGGUGGCGAGGAAAACUUGCCCGUGGCUCUGCCCGUUCCCACUCCCACUGGAGCUCCCGAGGAAGAGUGUGAAGAGGGCGGUGAAGGAAACUCGCCCAUUGUCGUUCCCACGCCCACGGGAACCCCCGAGGAGGAAGAGUGUGAAGAAGAAGGUGGCGAAGAAAACUCACCCAUUGUCGUGCCCACUCCCACCGGAUCCCCCGAGGAAGAGUGCGAAGAAGGUGGAGAGGAGAACCUUCCCGUCCCCGCCCCCAUUCCUACUCCCACCGGAACAAAGGAACUGACCGAGCCCACUCCUGUCCCUGAGGAAGAAGAAUGUGAGGAGGAGGAAGAAGAGCCUUCGGAAGGAGAAGAGGAAGAGUGCGAAGAGGAGGGUGACCAAUACAAGGUUCCCGUUGCGACUGACGUGCUCCCCGUGCCUAUUGCCACUGGCACACCCACCGGUGCUCCCGUGCCCACCGAAACGGGUGCUCCUGAGGAAGAGUGCGAAACGGAGACUGCCGCCCCCGUUGCUACGCCCACUGCUGGUUACCAGGAAGUGCCCGUGGAAGCCCCCGUUCAGACUCCCAGCUACGGAAACGUGGAAAACCCUCUCUCGUACGCAAAGCCCGAAGAUGCCAGCAAGCCCUACCCACAAGUUCGCGCAACCUCUGUCCCAACCGAGACCAGCGCCCCCAUUUUCAGUGCCGCAUCCCGCAAUGUCAAGUCGGUCGCCGUAGCACUUGCUGGUGUAUUGGUGGGCGUGGUUGCUUUCCUCUAAGCCCGCAAACUGUUGUCACCUUCUAUGAUUUGAUGGUUUUGAGAGAGUGAAAACACACGAGAUACUAUGUUGGAGAAAGGACGCUUUUGCGACGAACGCGUUUCAUGAUUGUCAUCGUCGUCGUUGAUUACUGUAAUGGCUUUUUUGAAAAAUGAGGUGUUUAAUUCCGUUUAUAAGACAAAGGGAACAAAAAAAAACAGUACAAUAAACACACAAACCUAAAAGUUUUGUUGCUUUCUCAAUUGCCGAGAGUGCUGGUCACUUGAAGUCAUUGAGAGAAGAAUUAGAGAAAUUAUAUAUCCUGCUCUUUUAUUUUUGUGUGGACGUUUUGUUUUGAAUGGUGACUGGCCUCAUGUUUUAAAAUGCUGGUUGUUUUCUUUUCUGGUUUUUGACGAGUGUCCCUCCAUGAGUCACGUGCAUGUCCG